UUUAUGCAACACUGGAACAUCCAGACAGUAAAGCAUUAUUCACAUGGGUUUUCAUACAACUUCAAAUUACCUUUAAAAAUUGCUGCUACAAAAAUUACCAUGCAAUUGUUGGUGUUAAGAAUUAAAAAUGAGGAAGUUACCCAUCAGCUAUGUAGGAGGACAUUUAUGCAUUCCAAACUGGGUCAUGUAAUUUCAGGGAAAUCUGCCUCACCUUUUUAAAAACACUGCAGCAUUCCAGGUUUCACAAUCUAACCAGCUAACACAAGAAACAAUCAGCAGCCAACUGAGAACAAGAGACAGCACAAGUCAGAACUGCGUCCUUACACAGACAUUAACUGGAAUGAACCAAGAAGCAACAAAAUGGCAAACAGCACCGAAACACAAACAGAUGUCCAUUCUCAGGCAGAAUCAAACUUAGUUGAGGAGCUGUUGUGUAGACUUGGCCUUGGGAAUAAAUAUGAAGACAAACUUACCAGCGGAUACUUUCUUGAAAUAUCUAAAAUCACAGUACAAGAGCCUAGUAGAGAGAAUGAACUGGUUCAUGCUUUCAUGCAACGUCUGCUCACUGGAGAUUACACAGCAAGACACAUCUCUGUCACAAAUAAGCCUCCACCAAAAAAGUCCAUAUCAAGAAAAGGUAGUUUUGCUGAUUUUAAAAAUUUUAAAAAAUGUACUGUAAAUACCAAAAGAACACAGACCCAGAUUAACCCAAUGGAUGUUCAGAUGGCAGUGUUCCUUUGUGCAGAUGAUUUUCUUAGACAAAUCAUGGUGACUAAACUGGCACAGUGUCAGUAUGCGAUCCCUCUGCUGGUACCCAAUCCCUUUAGCAGGAAAAUUGAAUUUCCUCUCUGGUCAAUGCAUAAAAUCAACAAGAGCUGGAAGUCGACUGAUGCUUCAGGAAAAAUCAUCAGCAAGACUGUGCCUGUUUACAAAGCAGAAACUUCAAUGGUGGCAUUCUUCAGGCUUGGGUCUGUUUCCUCAUCCAAGUCUCAGCUGAUCAACAACCUGAUUAAUGAAAAGCACAACACAUUUUUCCACAGAAACUGUCCAGGCAGCAGCAAAAACCGUCUACCGAUGGAAGGAGUGGUGGAGAUCGCCUGGUACUGUCCAUCUGGGAAAAGCUCUGAUCAUUUCACUGAAUGCGUUGCUUUCUGUAAUCUUCAUGGUGAUUCCAGCAGAGCUGUAACUCAAAGAGAGAUACUUACUACCAUGGCCUCUGUAAAUGUUAUACUGUUGCCUAAGUUUGAUGAUGAUAAUGAUAAUAAUAUGAGAAUUGUACAGGAUCUUUAUGACUCACUGACACCUCUCAUUGUUCUAACUGAUGAAGAAGAUGAUAAUGAAGAUCCUAUGUGUGAAUUUCAAAAAGGAAAAUACAGCCUGGGAAUAAAAAACAGAAGUGAUCCUAAUGUGUCUGGUCUACUCAGAGAUAUGAUCAAGAACUGUUUCUUACAAACAUCUGUGACCUUCAACCUUAAAAAAAUGACCAACUACUCAAAGCUCAGUGUGGAUGAGAACAAUGAGGCCUGUCGGAGAGGAAAGGAAGCUGCACAAAAUACAAUGCGUGUUCUAUAUGGAAAAGAUCCACUGACAGUAAAAGAGAAAUAUCUGCCCUGCCAGGGAAAACUGUGGCAUGACUGGUGCGAGAAGAGCAAAAGCUUACGGCGACUUCAAAGUACCGACAUAGAAACAGAGCUCAGCAACAAGAAAACUGAAAUGAAGGAAAUAAGACGGAAACAGAAGGAACAUGGCUUCAGUGAAUUCAUGGAGUUAUUUGUUGGAUGUUUAAUAUCACUGUCAGUCAAUGAGAGAAUGUAUUUCUUGAGCUGGACUGGAAUUUGCCUGGAUGAGUUCACUUCAGAGAAACUCUCUACCAUCCGACAAGAAUAUCACCAAAAAUGGACAGAUGUGUUGGCCUUGAAAAAAAAACAUGACAAAGCUGAAGGACAAGCAAAUCCGGACAAACUGAAGGCUGAACAAUCAAACUUAGAAAAAAUAUCAAAAGAACUGAAUGCUGCCAACUUUGGCUUGGAGCACAUACUGAGAGAGAUGGGUCAGAUUUAUGAAGCCUCAGUCUCAGAAGAAAAGAGCAUGACCAGGAAAGAGCUUGGAAACUGGUCUUACCUGCCUGAACUUGCUGCUAAACUCAUGAUAUCUGGGCAGCCAAUGGAGCUGAUGGAUGGUGAUACAGAUUAUGUUCCUCUAACCUGGGUUACAGAUGUUUUAGAUGAAGUCAUCAAGAUACUGGGAGAUCAGAGAGUUUUUGUGUUGUCUGUUUUGGGAAUUCAGAGCUCUGGGAAAUCUACCAUGCUGAAUGCCAUGUUUGGGCUCCAGUUUGCAGUCAGUGCAGGCAGAUGCACCAGAGGAGCCUUUAUGAAGCUGGUUAGAGUUUCUGAGGACAGGAAGGAAGACCUGAAGUUUGACUACAUAUUGAUGGUUGAUACUGAAGGUCUCCGAUCUUUAGAGAUGUCUGGAAACAUCAUCCAUCAUGACAAUGAACUUUCCACAUUUGUGGUAGGAUUAGGAAAUGUGACUCUGAUUAACAUCUAUGGAGAGAACCCCAAUGAAAUGCAGGAAAUACUGCAAAUUGUUGUUCACGCAUUCCUGAGGAUGAAGCAGGUCAGAUUAAACCCCAGUUGCAUGUUUGUGCAUCAGAAUGUUUCUGAUAUUGCAGCUAGAGAGAAAAUCAUGGAUGGAAGGAGACAUUUGCAGGAAACACUGGAUAAAAUGACUAAAGUAGCAGCUAAAGAUGCAGACUACUGUGCAGAAAAUUUCACUGAUGUAAUUGCAUUUGAUGUAGAGAGUGAUGUGAAGUACUUUGCACAGCUCUGGGAGGGUUCUCCACCCAUGGCACCACCAAACCCAUGCUACAGCGCGAAUAUUCAGGAACUAAAGAGAGAUAUCCUUUCCCGUGCAUCAACUACAAAUGGCCUGAAAUUAUCACAGUUUCAAAAACGUGUGAAAGACCUGUGGAAUGCUCUACUGGAUGAAAAUUUUGUGUUUAGUUUUAAGAAUGCACAAGAGAUAUCAGUGUACAGGAAACUGGAGCAGGAGUAUGGGAAAUGGACCUGGAGUCUGAGGAGUGCCAUGAUGACUAUAGAAGAGAAAAUGCUUAAUAGAGUAGCCAGUGGAAUCGUAGAAACAGUUCAGAGGCGAGACCUUGUAAGAGAAAUGACAGGAACUCUACAGAAUGUCCAAAAUGCAUUCAACCGAUAUUUUGAAGAAGACAACGAAAAGGAAAUAAUGAUUCAGUGGAAAUGCAAAUUUGAGACACAAAUCCAGCACCUCCAUGAUGAUCUAAUAGAGGAAGCAAAGAGAAAAGUGGAUGACAGCAUUCAGCAGAAAAGCAUUAGACAAAACCUUGAUAAGCAACGUGUGAACCACGAGAAGACACUCUUUGAAAAGAGCAAAGAGCUCGCUUUAAAACUUAAAAGGAAGCAUAACAAGGAAAUACAUGCAAAAGUAGAAUUUGAUUCUAUGUGGGGAAAAUGGGUCUCUGAAUUAGCUGAACAUGCUCCAAAAAUCGAAGAUGUUAACAUCUCAAAGGACAUAACUGAAGUUCUGGGAGAGGUCUACAGACAUGACUUGGUUUCAAAUCGAAAGCGUUCUUCAGAAUAUAAAAUAAUUGAAAGGGUCAGUGAUUACACCAGCUAUGUCCCAACUAACAAGAGCAUAUUGAAAAGAUUAUUUAUAUUUUGGUCUGGAAAUUCUCUUACACCAGAGAUAAACAAAUCAAUACGUGAUCUAAUUAUUAAGGUCACUGAACAAACCAAAAGAAAGGUGGAGUCAUUUCCAUUCUCAGCACAGGGAUUCAGUUCACAUUACAUUCAAUCCAUUGCAGACGAUGUCAAAACACAGGUGCAUGAAUUUGAAGCACAAUUCAAGAAAAGUCUAAACUUAUUUGAUGAUGCCUCUGUCUUUAACCAAGAUUUCUAUGUAGAUCUCUCACUUUAUGUGUGUGACCAGUCAGCAAAACGCAUCUCAGAGCUGCACAAAAAAUUCAAAGAAGCAAAUGAUCCACUUAUUUACUUUGAAAAGAAAAGGGCUGAGUAUUUCAACAUCUUUCAGAAAUACUGGGAGGGAGCAACAUCAGCAGCUAUACUUGGAGACCAGGUUUGCAGUAAAGUGAAAGAAGCGAUUCUGCAGAGUGUCUACAACAUGAUCACUAAAUUUUUGUGUGGACAGAUGAGAGGGAAGCCACCAUUUAAUGGGAACAGAGCUGAUCUGGAAAAACACAUUCUGAAGUCUUUGGCAGAGCAGGAGGGAAAUAAGGAUGAGAAGUUUGAAAACUACUUAACAUACAUGUACAAUCCUAGGGCUCACUUUGAAGAUUUCAUCAAGGCCAGAGUUAAAGAGUUCAUGGCAGCUGAAAACCCUCAAGCAGUUUCUGCCAUUAAAACAUACAUUGACAACAAACAGAGAAGCAUCAUAAGUGCUGUAAAAAUAGCAACAGAUGAAGUCAAACAUGUCAAUGGUGAUGCAAAUCAGUGGCUGGAAUGUUUUUCCAACAGCCUUGCAGAUGAGUUAGGAGAUACUAGAGUUCACUUAUGCAAUGAAGAGUAUAAGGAUUGCGUUGACUAUGAUGUUCUUGUGGAUGUUAUAAAGAAAGAACUCUUGGCUGUUGUUGAAGAGCUAAAGAAAAGCCUCAGUAAGAUUUCUGACUUCACCAUGGAGAAGUUCAGAGAAAGACCUGAUGAGAUUCUAAUCAAACACUUCUGCAGGUGCUGCUGGGAGCAGUGUCCUUUCUGUGGAGCCGUCUGUACCAACAGCCAAAAAGACCAUCCUGGAGAUCACAAUGCUGAUUUCCAUCGCACAGCUGGAAUGAAUGGAAUGUUUUAUAGGAGUACAACAGAACUCUUCAUCGACUUUUGCACAACAGCAGUAGCAAGUAACAAGUUUUUUUAUCCAUCAAGCAAAUCUAGGUUUUGUCACCCUUUUAAACAGUACAGGAAAGCAGGUGGGAAGUAUGAAAAAUGGGGCAUCUCCACUGAUUUGUCUGAGCUGGCUUACUGGAAAUGGUUUGUUUGUGAAUUUCAGAAAAAUCUUGAAAAGCACCAUAAAAAAAUAUUUUGUGGUAAAGGGCAGAUUCCUGCUAAUUGGAAAACUUAUAGCCAGUCAGAUGCUGUUAAAAGUUUAGGAAUAUAUUAAUACAUUUUAAGGCGUUCUGGCACUUUUCUGUGCUUUCUGACAACCCAUGACACAAAACAUCUGUAUCUGAUGGAAGAGCAGCCACAGUCCAGCUUAUCCUAAUGAGAAGGCUUAAGCCACAUCCACAUAUCAAAAUACUGUCCUCUACAACACAUUCAUGCUCCUCAGCUUCAAGAUCAAUGCGUUCAAGAUCAAAUUCUAGCUAUAUGUACUAGCGUCAUAGCGGCUGCUAAUUCAUUUAACAAGACAUUUAGUCUUUAAUAAGACAACAGUUUUCAAGAUAUCUUUUUUGCAUGUAUGUUAUUUGGGAUUAAUGUAUUAAUAUGUGAGUGACUUUAUUUUACUGCAUAUAGGAAACUGAAGUUUAUUGAUUUGUCAAUGAUUCUCAUAACUGUAUUUUUUUAAUGUAAAGUGGCUAUAUAGUCAGGUCCAUAAGUAUUUGGACAAUUACACAAUUGUAGUGAAUUUUGCCUCUGUAUACCACCACAAUGUAUUUAAAAUCAAGCAAUCAAGAUGUGAUUGAAGUGUAGACGUUCAGCUUUAAUUCAAGGGGUUUAACAAAAAUAUUGCAUUAACCAUUUAGAAAUUACAGCCAUUUUUACAGAGUCCCUCUAUUUUCACAGGCUCAAAAAGUAAUUGGAUAAACUAACAAUCAUAAAUAUUAGGAUUAUUUUUAAUACUUGUAUACAAAUCGUUUGCAGUCAAUGACUGCCUGAAGUCUGGACCCCAUGGACAUCACCAAAUGCUGGGUUUCCUUGAGAUGCUUUGCCAGGUCUUUACUGCAGCCACCUUCAGUUGCUGCUUGUUUGUGGAUCCUCCUGCCUUCAGUUUUGUCUUCAGUUAGUGAAAAGCAGCUCAACUGGUUUGAGGUCAUUGGACAUUUAAGAACAUUUCAUUUCUUUGCCUUAAGAAAAUCUUGGGUUGCUUUCACGGUACAUUUUGAGUCAUUAUCCAUCUGUACUGUGAAGCACCAUCCUAUCAGUUUUGCAGCAUUUGACUGAGUCUCAGCAGAAACUAUAGCUCUAUGCACUUCAGAAUUCAUCCUGCUACUUCUAUCGGCAGUCAAAUCAUCAAUAAACUUUACAUUUAUAUAGAAACCAACAAAAUGCAACCAGACUAUCGUUUUUUCUUUUUCACUCAUAAAAUGUAUCUAUUUGUUUUUCACUUGAUUGUUGUUGGUUGCUAUAUUGCAUUAAAGGAGGAAAAAUAUCUCACUAUUUCAUUUUUUAGAUCACAAAAACCUACAAUUUUAACAAGUGCGUGUAAACUUUUUAUAUCCACUUUAACUGUAUUAUGAAGAGGCUUUUUGUGUUCCAGCAAUUAGAUAUUUUGAAAUUAUACCAGUGAUUAUUUUAACAGAUAUGUUAUCUAAUCAUUAACAAAGUACUUACACACUUAUAAAUUGAUUAAUCUAUUAAUAAAUCUGUCUCCAAAACUUUACUUGUAGUUUCACUGUUUGUUCAGUAGAUGGAGGAGCUGAGACAGUUAAUCUACAUGUCUGUACAUGAAAGGGUUAAAAUGUGAUUUCAACUUUCUAAGUUGCUGCCUUAAAUAUAUAUUUAUGCAUUUCUUUUUUUUUCCUUCAUGAUUUGUUAUUAUACUGUAAGUUUAGAUGUAUUACCUUUUUGAUUGCUUUAGAAAACCUUCUGAACCUUCUGAGAAAUAAGAACUGUAAUACUUUGUAUUGGACGUGUAAUACUUUUAAUCAUUUUCUCAUAAUUAUCAAUUCUAUUCUCUUUAUAAUGUAGUAGUAGAAAUCCAGUGGUGGUUUUUCCAUAAGAGCAGGUUGUGCAGAGCCCCACUGUUUAUAUCAACCAUUUAAGAAAAUGUGUAACGCGCUCACUGCCCCAUUUAGAGUUAUUAUUGCAGCUAGUGGACAAAAAUGAGAAAUAUAAUAAGAACUAAUAGAGGUCUACUGGGGCACAAAUCCUGCUGUCACACAGUCAGUUAAAGACAGGGCUGCCAGAUUGGGCUAGUUUAAAAUGCUCUGUGGCCACCAACAUCUUGUUUUACAGCAAAUGCAGAACCAUUUCUAUUGUAAGAUACGGCCAAAAGUAUGCGGACACCUGACCAUCACACCUAUAUGAGCUUGUUGGAGAUCCCAUUCCAAAACCAUGGGCAUUGAUAUGGAGUCAACAAUCCCCACACCCUGCCCUCAUCACCAAGCAACAGCAAAAAGUGACAAAAAACAGGAACUGUUUACAAAAAUUAGAGUUUUUGAAUGAAUGAAAUAAAAGCAGCUUCUCUGAAAGCUUGUGUCACUGCUUUGUACUCGUGAAUGGCUUUGUAUUCACUCAAUUCACAAUACCUCACACUCUCCGUUAAUAAUUACUCUCAUUAACACUGAUCUGCACUCAGACUGGAUGCCCUCACACACAACACAUUAAUGAUGCAGUUUAAACUCCAUAGGUGUAGAUAUAAGAACGGGUAUUACUGCUGAAUGUUUUGAAAUUUUUUGUUUUUCCAUGAUAAUGAUUUUAUUUUUUUAAAUGUGUGUUUUCGGGUUGUUUUUGUCAUGUGCAGCUUUUCUUUAUUUCAAUUCUGUUCAAUUUUAUUUGUAUAGCACUUUUAACAAUGGACAUUGUCACAAAGCAGCUUUACACAAAUAUAUCAAUUUUAAAUUUAUAAAUCCCUAAUAAGCAAGUAGUGGUGAGGAAAAACUCCCUGAGACGAUAUGAGGAAGAAACCUUCAGAGGAACCAGACUCUAAAGGGAACCAUCCUCAUCUGAGUGACACCCGAUAGUGCGAUUAUAAAUCAUUCCCUUCUGUAACUGUGUGCUACAUGGACAAAUAGUGCAGUUGUGUAACCAGGAAAUUCAUUACAGUUUUCACAUGAAGUCUGAUUUGUUGAAGUUAUCAACUGUUCACUGAUGGAGACUUGAAUGCAAAACUGUUCAUGGGAAUUGCAGUCUUAAAGCUAUCAUAGCAAUUGUAGUCCUAAGCCAUCGUAGCAAAAAUGUUUGUAUCAAUUGCAGUCUAAAGCCAUCUUCAUGGUUUCUAUGUGGUACCAUCCUCAGUAAUCUCAGGUAUCUUUAGGCUGUUCAUGUGGAGCUAUCCUCAGCAGCAGUGAGUGAUUUCCAUGAGAUGGGGGUGUGGCGACAGCACCCAAACAUCCCAGUUCACCACAACACUCUAUGCCUGUGAACCCUCCAGACCUGCUCCUGUACCUAAGAAAACUAUUCACAAAAGGCUUGACUAAACAAAUAUGUUUUCAGCCGAGACUUAAACACUGAGACUGUGUCUGAGCCCCGAACACUAAGUGGAAGGCUGUUCCAUAACUGUGGGGCUUUGUAAGAGAAAGCUCUACCCCCUGCUGUAGCCUUCACUAUUCAAGGUACCAACAAACAGCCUGCACCUUUUGAUCAAAGUAGGCGUGGCGGAUCAUGAAAGACCAAAAGUUCGCUCAGGUAUUGAGGCACAAGACCAUUCAGUGCUUUUUAGGUCAAUAGUAGUAUUUUAUAAUCAAUACGAAAUCUGACUGGGAGUCAAUGCAGUGUGGAUAAGAUAGGGGUGAUGUGAUCAUUCUGGUUCUAGUAAGUAAGUGUUAACGAGACAUAUUCAGGCUCAUGUCGUUAAAGACUUGGACCCCCUCCAAUCUGCAUAUAAAAAGGCUAGGGGUACGGACGAUGCUGCUUUAACUCUAUGUAAUCUAGUGGCUGAACAGAUUCAGCAGACUACAAAUUAUGUUAGAAUUCUAUUUAUAACUUUUAGCUCAGCUUUUAAUUCAAUUAAGAUUGAUGUUCUUUUACAGAGAUUACUUGAUUUAGGAGUGAAUGGUGGUCUUAUCUGGUGGAUUAGAGAUUUUCUUGUGAAUCGUCCACAAAGAGUGCUCACUAAUGGUAGAGUGUCAAAGACAAUUAUUAUAAAUACAGGAGUGCCACAGGGAACAAUAUUAUCACCCUUAUUAUUCUCAUUGUACACAAACGAAUUUAAAAUUCAAGAUCCACAUUUUAGUUUACUGAAAUAUGCAGAUGAUAUGGCACUUGUU